AUGAACAUAACAGCAAACGGAUCAAGUUCCUGGAGCUGCUAUAGUCUGAUAAAUCCGGUAGUAGAAAAACUUGUACAAACAGUUGCCUCUGGUUUGAUACUUGUUGUUUCGCUGGUUGGAAAUUCUCUCAUCGUAAUAAUUGUUUUCAAAACACCAACUUUAAGAAAACCGAUGAAUUUUAUGAUUGUAAACAUGGCCAUAUCGGACCUGUUGUUUCCAAUUAUCCUGUUUCCUCUGAACCUGGUGGAGAUGCAAGCUAACUUUUGGCUUAUUGGUGAUUCCCUUCAUCAGAUCUUGUGCAAGAUAAGCUCUUUUCUUUUAAUCGUUUCUGCGACAGUGUCGAUUCAGAGCCUGAUUCUGAUAACAGUGUAUCGAUUUGGAGCUGUUGUGAUGCCAAUCCGCGGCUCUCCACUCAUCAGUAAAAGUUAUGGUCCAUUCUUCAUCAUCGCCACAUGGAUCGUCGCAAUAGCCGCAAACUCGGCCUAUUUGUUUUCUUUCAAAGUUGUUAUGAAUGAACACCCAGGGGGAAAGGUAAUGUGCACGAUACAAAAAUCAUCAGCGAAUAACUACCUCCUAUCAAAUUUCAUUGCAUUUUUUUACAUUCCCUUUGUUUUGUUGACCAUACUUUACGCUAUCAUCUUGAUCAAGCUUAAGCAACACGCCCAUCCGGGUGAACCGUCAGCAAACGCAGAGAAACAGCGGUCAAGAAAAAACCGAAACGUGCUUAAGAUGGCCAUUGUUAUCGUUUUUGCGUUUUUUCUUUGCUGGAUUCCCUUCAUUACUAACCAAACAAUAUUACAUUUUGCACCGAACAGUUCCAUUUGGUACUCUUGCAAUUUUUUGCUAUACGAUAACUUUACCUACUUCAUGGCCGUCACAAACUGCGCCAUCAACCCGAUGAUCUGCCUCAUUUUCAGCAGUAAUUAUCGCCAAGGUCUUAAGAGACUUUUUAGUUGCUGUGCUGCAGUGCAAGAGUAGCUUUCGACAACUGAUACCGAUUCGAAGAGAUUCGUGAAAGGCGAUAAAAAAUUGAGAACUAUAAAACUGGGCCCAGUUUUCGAAGGCCGGAGAGCGCAAACCUGGGGUAAAAUUUUAAUCAGAGAUUUUCUUUUGUUCAAAAUUAUUUUGUCGGAUAAUUUUCUCCAUUCUUUUUAGAGCAUCCAGUUAUGAAAUUUAGACAAAAACAAAAACAAGCACAAAAAAAGUUGAAUUUGAUUUUUUUUAAUCUCUUCUAUCUAAAUUCAAAUUUCGCAAUAACCCUGGAUUAUUAUCCCCGGUGUUAACAACCCGGCCCUGAAUAACAACGAGCUUCCUAAAUGCAAAGAAGUAGCGAUGACGUCACUAAUAACAAGCUACUAGGCGUGGUAGUAUAGUCGUUACAAUGUAGUUCAAUGAUGCCGUUUAAAUCCUUGCUCGCAACAUGUAUUUUUUCUUGCUGUUUUGAUUUAUUAAAACUACUGCUACCCGCUUGACCAAUUCGCUUAUUAAGGUGGGCCUCCACAUCUGUUUCCGUGUCGGUGCGCAGGAACCGUGAAGGUAGCAGAACAGGGUUACCAUGGCGUCACACCCCUGCACGACACCAAACCUGAGGAAUGUCACUGCUCUUCUCUUAGCAUUUCAUGUAAGAAACCUUGAAGCCACACACAAAAGAUCAAGAAGAAAAAGAAUCAGACAGAAAUAGACGGUUCGCAGUUCCCUAUUUUCUCGUAAGAUCGUCAAGAUCGAGCAUUUACCGGUACGGACGGCCAUCUUGGUUUUAUAUGUACUCAAGGGGCGGGCGUCAGGGUUUAAAGCGGUAGUGGGGGAGGGAGGGGGGGUUUGGUGAGGCGAGGAAAAUAGAGACACUUGCAAAAUACCGUACUUUGCGUAUGCGCAGUUUGUUCGGAGUUCACCAUGCUUCUUAUGCUUGUUGCGUUUUACCCGUUGAAAUUCGCCUUCUAAAGACGUGAAAAGAAGAAGAAAAAAGAAGAAAGAAACUGGUAAGGAGCAUAUCAUUGAGAAAGUACAACAUUCAGAGUGGGCAUCACCAACAGCUCCUAUUGUUAAAGCAAAUGGGGACCUGAGGAUUUGCGGGGGAAACUCUGUUACCAUCAACACGUUUCAGCCCUAGAACAAUACUCUGUACCAGCCUCUGGAUUCACGCGUCAUUGUCCCAGAGUAAUCAAGGGGCAUUUUACUAGCCGACCUACAUACAGAAAACCUUGGAAUGGUUAAAAUGAAGCAGUUAACGUGAGGAUACUUUUGGUGGCCAGGACUUUAUAAGCAAACUUUAUAAACACUUUAAUUCUUGUCAAGAGUCUGCUAGUCCCAGCCUCAGUCUCUCCUGCCUCGUGGUCGUGGCCAGGGGGACCCUGGGAUCGUUUUCACGUAGACUUUGCAGGACCUAACCGAGGCAAAAUGUUCUUAGUUGUCAUAGAUGCUUAUUCGAAAUUUUUGGAAGUAAGUAGUGUCAAUUGCUGCCUUAAGACAUUUUGAGUUAUUUUGGUUUAUCCAGCAUCUUGUAACUGAUAACGGGAGCCAUCUAACAAACGAUGAAUUCCAGCAAUUUCUUAAAGAGAAUGACAUUUUUUAUCAUGACUCUCACUGCUCCUGGGCAUCCUGCGACCAAUGGGUUAGCGGAACGCAACGUGGGAUAAUUCAAGGAUAAAUUAGGCGGAAAUACGCCGGGAAAGACUUUGUAAAAAAUAUUGGACAGGUUUCUGUUGAUGCAAAUGAGCUACACCAACAGCUUUAGGGAAGUCACCCUCCGAAUUACUUAUUAACAGAGAGCCUACUCAUAAAUAACAUUUUUCCCUCUUAGGUUGGUUGCUUAGUGGAUAAAUUCGCAGACUGGGAGACCUUUCACCUGUUUAAAACUAAUCUUCCGUUCAAAUAUGAGUGUUUUAUCUGACCACAACAACUUGUUCUAGUUAGCUAAAAGGAAGAUGGAAAGAUAAAAAGAUUGAAAGCUAAUGGCCUUUAAUAGGUUUAAUGACAGGGACACACCGACAUUGAAAGAGAAACAAAGUCAGAGUUGGCAAAAAAAGACAGAGAACCCAUUCACCGAAAAAGUGCUCUUGUAAUUUAAUAUAUUAUAGAAAGAAAAGCCGCGCCCCAUUAAUGAACUCUGAUGCCAUAGCUAGAUUAAAUCCUUUUUCUUCCUAACUAGCCAGCGUUUGAUUUCAGAAUCUAGGAAACGUUUCGCGUAACAUUUCGUUUGUUUGUUUGUUUGCUUUUUUUAUUCUAAUACCCCUCCCCCCCCAAAAAGAGACAAAUAAUGACUUGUUUGUUUGUAUUUUAAAGUUGUUUUGUUUAGUUUCAUUUUUUUACCUCUUGGUUUUAAAAAAGCCCUUAGUGUGGGACGACUAGAAUUAUUUUGGGCAAAUCGCCUUGACAGUGAUCUCAAAAGUGUUAAUUACAUCGUCAAAGAUAAAACUGACCAACGGUACAUUAGUUUUUAUUUAUUGUGAUAUCUCAUUUAGAAUGUAGUACAGGGAAAUCAUCUUUUCUUAUUCAUGUGUUUUUAAAAAAAUGUCGAUUUUCGGUGGGGAGCACAGUUUGGAGAAUAUUUGCAAAUGAAGAGGUAAUUACUGAGUUGUGGGAAAAAAAGACGAUUGUUUGCUGAUUACAGCAAGUCCAUUUGGAGGCGCCGGGGGAUACUGAUUUGACAUAACACAGUUUGCGCUAAUCAAACAAAUACGCUAAAACAGCCUAAAAAGUCGCUUAUUAAGGUGGGCCUUUUAAAAAAAGACUGCAGCAUCAGUUCCGGUCUUUAAUCGUAAUCUUAGUUUCGAAAUUACGAAAUAACAUGCCACAAAACUUUCAAUAGCCUAAUUAUGAUCAGCUUUCGUAUGAAAAGAAAGAAAAAUGUUUAGUAAUUUAGAAAUAUUCUCAAUUAAACAGUGCAUCUAAUGAAAAACAGGGGCUAAGCAAAUAACCAGCUGCUUGGUAGUGUGGGAUAAAAAAUAGUAGCAUGAAGUUUUACAGACUUCACCCUGCAGAUCCUAUAGUUUACGGAAACAAGAGAGUAGCUGGGGAAAAUUUACGUGUUGUCAGACGGGAGGACGGGAGGCCUGGAAAUUACUAGUAUGAGAAGAGACGUGCUCGCUGAUCGUCGUGGGAAGCGGUAAAAUUAAAAUGCAUAUUAAGCUAUAUUGACUUCUGAAUGCGUCAAUAAAAUGAAAGUUUUAAGGGGAAAAAAAAAGUAAAAAAACUGCUCCAUCCCCUAUAUUAAACGGCUGCAAAUGAUAAUUUUCCUCAGUCUUUUAAAUGGCUAUGCUAGCUGUUGACAUAGCAGAAAAUAUAUACUAGUUGUUAUAGUGACGUUAUUUCUAAAACUGUCGACUAAUUGCACAUCUCCUUUUUACCAUACUUAACUCGCCUCGUAUAGAAACUGAGAUAACAUAAAUAUUCAGUCCCUUUUUAAUUUAUAUUUAUUUAUUUUUAUAAAAGGUUGGCGUGAUACCUUAUCGAUUUUUUUUACUACCGAUCAAAUUACGAAAUAUAGGUGUAGACAAGGGUGGAAACAUUUUCUCCCUUAUGUGAAUUGAAAAGAAAAUAUGGCGAUUUUCAGUCGGGAGCACAGUUUGCGUAGGGAUAUUUGCAAAUGCGGGUUACAGGAGUUAAUUAUUGAGUUGUGGUAGAAAAUCGUUUUUGAUUAUUUUUUUUAUUAACCUCUCUUGAAUCUACGCUAAAUUGGCAAAAAAAAAAAAAAAUAAAUAAAUAAAAUACUCAGAAAUGUCCCGUGUGUUACAUUCAUUGUUUGUGGCUAAAAGAGGCAUCCAUAAAUGACAAGGAGUCAAUUUAAUAAAACUUCUACACGUGUAAUUUACAAGUGUAGCUAUUGUUCUCAGUCUCGAUGGCUACACUUGUUAAUCACACGUGUCAAGUGUGGAAGACGUAAAAUAAAAAUGCUUGUUAAGCUAUAUUGACUUCUGCUUCCGUCAUUGCAUUUGAGAAUUGAAAAACCGAUGCAUCCCUUUUAUUAAACGUUUGCUAAAUAAAUUAAUUUAUCUGAGCCUUUUUAAUGAAAAUUCAAGCCAUAGCAGAAAUUAAAACAUAGUAGGUUAAUUUCUUAAACUGUUGACUGUGUGGUGCGAAUUUCCUUUCUACGAUUUAACUUGCACGACAUUGAUAUUGAAAGCAAAUUAAAUAGCCAAUACGGAAAGACGGUUUUUUUUAUAAAGCAUGGGUUAGUAAAAGCAUUUUAAGAAUUAAAGAUAUCUUCAAUGCUCACGAUCGAUAA